GAAAUGUUUUUCUAUCGUCCAUCUAUCUGAACAACACCCAUAUGUAAAGCUGACUGUGCCGUCUUCCUUCUUUGCAAAAGCGGACUUCAAGCGCCUAAGUAAAGCAAAUGUUGCGCUCUUUUAGAGAUCACACUCGGGACAGUUGGGAAUGGGAUCCGGACAGUAAAUCUCCUGAUGCUCAUCUGUCUCUAUGCCGACAGGCUGUGUAUUUUCAUGUCAGUCCUCUGCUGGACAGUCAGGGAACCGCAGGGGUCAGAGGCAGCAAAGGUUUCACCCAUGGCGAGCAUUACUGGGAGAUUGAGUUCCUUGAGCCUCCAUAUGGAAGCUCUGUGAUGGUGGGGGUUGGUACCCAAAAUGCACUGCUUCACACAGGGGACCAAAGGUUCAUUAACCUCAUAGGCAUUGACAGUGAGAGUUGGGGUCUAUCAUACAAAGGCUUCAUCUGGCAUAAUGGAAGGAGUCGAAAAUACUCAGAGCCUUUUUAUGAAAGAAAUACAGUCAUUGGGGUUCUGUUGGACUUGAGCGCUGGAACGCUGACGUUCUUCCGAAAUGGAGUGAACCUUGGGGUGGCCUUCUCUGGCCUAGAGCAGUUUUUGUUCCUUGCAGGUCAGCAAGGCUCUGUUUCCUCUGGUGAGCUCUACUGCCCCUGAAACUGAGCUUCAGCUGGGUUUGAGAAGCCAGAGAAUGCCCUCCCUACAGGAACAGUGCAUAUACAUCAUCACACAGUCGCUUUCACAUUGUAGACACGCACACAAAUUACCAUUACCCACACCUCUGCUCUGUCAAAUACACACACAUGCACAUUUAUAAGCAGGGCAUAAUCUGUUUCUGAUUCGUUUAGAUCAUGUCUACCUCAAAUAACAACACAAAUCUGUCCAGUGCAGUAGAUUCAUUUUAUAUGCAGCCCCUCUUCAAAAUGUUUUUAUUUUUGUGUGCUUAAAUUGAAAAAAAUUAAAAUCAAUUCAAAGCC